CAGUCGUUUGAUUUAAUUUGUUUUCUUCCUAGAAAGAAAACUGCACACACAUUUAUAAUGAUGGAUGUUCAUAACAACCUCGGCAGAGGCGCAAAUAAAACCAGAAAUUAAACCCUUUAUUCCCUUCAUCGGAUCUGAGGUUGUCUGUUCGUCCGAUUCCUCUGAUUUUAGGGCACAAUAAUGGAUGCAAAAUCAGCGCAGGAACCUCUCCUGUUCAGGCAGGAGGAGGAUGUUCAGACAAAACCCCUUUUGCUUUCGUCGGGAAGAUGGAUUCUCCGAUUGGCAAUGUCGGCAAUUUUCAUCGCCUGGGUCGCCGCCAUUUUCGUCUUCCCCUGUGAAUUUGGGAGCGAUUUGUAUUUGAAAGCUGUGGAAUCGGAGAUGAACACUACUGUGGUUACAGGAAUUAUUUUUCUGAUCUUCAGUGCCCCAGUCGUCCUCAUUGCAUUUCUUGCAACUCCAUAUCUUGCUCUGAGCAGAAACAAUGAGAAUCAUAAGAAAAAGAAUCCGAAGUAUCCGCAGUUCCGGCUGUGGACUUUCCCGGUGCUGGUGGACGGGCCGUUCGGCGUCGUCACGGCGGCGGAGCUGGCCGGAAUAUUCCUCUUCGUCGUUUAUCUUAUCUGGGCGCUUUACACCUGCACUCUGAAGAAUAUUCAGAUUCUGCCUCUGUUUGCUGCACUCAAAGAAGAUUCGAGUCUUUUGAUGAUGGAACUAACAGGCCUUCGUUUGGGAACCAUCGGAAUAUUUUGCUUAGCCUUUCUGUUCCUGCCCAUAGCAAGAGGAUCGAUGCUUCUCCGGCUCGUCGACAUCCCGUUCGAGCACGCUACGAGGUAUCAUGUCUGGUUAGGACAUCUAACGAUGGCUCUGUUUACGCUCCACGGCCUUUUUUAUAUGAUUCCGUGGGCGAUCGAGAGGCGCCUCACCCGAGAAAUGAUGGCGUGGAAUAGCUCGGGGGUCUCCGUUUUUCCAGGAGUCAUCGGCCUUAUCGCGGGGCUAGCGUUGUGGGCGACAUCGCUUCCCGGCGUACGAAGACGCAACUUCGAGCUUUUCUUCUACACGCACCAAUUGUACAUCGUCUUCAUGUUGGGCUUAGCAUUGCACGUCGGGGAGCGCGUCUUCUGUUUUUGCGCCGGAGGGGUUCUCCUCUUCUUGGUCGAUCGUUUCCUCAGGUUUUGCCAGUCGAGGAGGACGGUGGAAGUUCUUUCGGCUAGAUGUUUCCCGUGCGGGACUCUGGAACUCGUUCUUUCGAAGCCCGCAAAUUUGCACUACAACGCUCUCAGCUGGAUCUUUCUUCAAGUCCGCGAGCUGUCGUGGCUGCAGUGGCAUCCGUUCAGUGUCUCCUCGACUCCCCUCGCUGGUAAUAAUCAUAUCGCGGUCCUUAUAAAGGUCCUCGGAAACUGGACGGAGAGGCUGCAGAAUCAUAUAUCGAGCGCUGGCUGUGCCAAAAUGACGGCGUCGGUUGAGGGGCCUUACGGUCAUGAAUCACCGUACUACUUGACGUAUGAGAAUCUCAUAUUAGUCGCCGGCGGGAUAGGAAUUUCGCCGUUCUUGGCUAUCUUGAGCGACGUCCUCCACCGCGUCAAAGACGGGAAGCCUUGCCUGCCGCGGAAGAUACUGAUCGUAUGGGCGAUUAAAAAGUCCGACGAGCUUCCCCUGCUCCAGACCAUCGGCAUCGACUCCCUUUACCCGGCUUCACCGGAUUCCCUCAACAUUGAAAUCCAAACCUACGUUACGCGCGAAUCAGGACCAUCGCUGGAAGACGGGAAGCCAGCGAUCGAGCCUGUCAAGCCUACUUGUUUCGCCGCCUCCGGGCGGUCCGGAAUGUCUGUUUUGGUCGGCACGGGGAACCCAAUAUGGUCGGGGUUGUACGUCUUCGCGUGUACCAUCGGUUUUAUAGUUAUAAGAGCCUUGUUAGAUGUAUGGUACAUAAUACCUUACAAAAUCAAGAACUCGUGGUAUAAAGGGCUUCUGCUGAUCGCCUGCAUGAUCGCCGGCGUUGUCAUCUUCGGGGGGCUGGUGAUCGGGGCAUGGCAUCUAUGGGGAACAAAAUCUUCGGAUUGUCAAGAAGAAGACACUGUCGAGCAGAAGGAGGUUGUGAACUACAAACAAGAAUACGUAAGCAGUAUCCGGUAUGGCGAGAGGCCGGAUUUCGGAGAGAUCUUCGAAUCGAUGUGUAGUCGUUGGGGGAGUGUGGAUAUCGGCGUUAUGGUGUGCGGUCCUCCCGCCCUUCAAACGAGUGUCGCAAAAGAGUGUCGAACGCAGAAUCUUAAGCAAAGUAAGCAUCAAUCUGUGUUUCAUUUCAACAGCCACAGCUUCGAUCUUUAGCCGGAGCCUCUCCGGAAUUCGGAUUCGCCGAUCCUGAGGUUCGUAUGGUAUCUAUCAAACGUUCCCGAAUGCUUUUGCUUCGUUGAUGCAUAUAUAUACAAUGUUGUUAUGUAAAUAUGUAAUGACUGAAGAUAUAAGUCAAUAUUGUCCAAAGAAUAUUACUAUAUAUAUAUAUGUCGUUUAAUUUGCUUUUCUUA